UUACGUGGCUGCUGAGGUGGUUUAGUCUUUCACUUUUAAAGUGUGACAUAUUUAAAACUGAUUAGUUUGAAUUAUACUUGUAAAGAAACACCAUGGUGAAAAAAGCACUCAUCACUUUUUUCAUGGCUAUGUCCUGUAGCCUUUGUUUGGGUUGUUCAAAUCCAGAAAUUAUUUCUACAUCUUUCACAACGUUGGAUGCUACAAUUGUUAGAAAUAUCGCUUAUAUUGCCGACUUUUCUGUUAAAUGUAAAUCUGGGAAUAUUGGAAACCUAUAUGCCGCUUUCGAUGGACAGAUUGGACCAGUAUCUAUAGUUGGAAACAAUAGAUUCCAAGUAAGUUGGACUGAAGAAUCAAAAUCUGCUAAAUCUGGUGAACGUGUAAUUAGAUUAUUUGAUGAAGAUGGUUAUACAGCGUUUAGGAAAGCUAUUCGCGCUAAAGAAGAUACUUCAAAUGUUCAAUCUUUUGCCAAUGUUGUAGUGAACCACCCAGGAGCUUAUAAUGGUCCUUGGUUAAAAUCAGAAUUCAUUGCUACCAUGGUUUCUUUAACAGUAGCUUACAUUGCUGUUGCAUCCAGAGCAAAAUUAGUUAUGUGAUCAAAAACUAUUCCACAUUUCCUUGUUGAAUUAAUUUAUACUGAAAAAUUUGGGCACAGAGUGCUUUGUAAAGUGAAUUUUUUUUUUAAUAAAAUUGUUGAACCCA